AUUAGAUCGUACCAUGGAAUAUGACCUUUCCCUUGGUCACACAAAUCGAUUGAUCGUCUGUAAGAGAGACUACCAUACCCACAUACGUCUAGAUGACCUAGACUGGGCACGGACUUUGACAGAGGAGAACCGGAAGUGUCAUGUCACUCCGAGGCAAAGUGUGCCUUGUUACCGGGGCCACACGUGGAAUUGGUCAUGGCAUUGCCCUACAGCUGGGAGAGGCGGGUGCCACAGUCUACAUCACAGGUAGAACAUUAACACAACCACCAGGGGAAGAAACAGUAGGAAGCUGUCUGACAGACACGGCAAAGGAGGUUGAGGCAAGGGGAGGUAAGUGUAUCCCUGUUCAAUGUGAUCACAGUAAGGAUGAAGAUGUGGAGGAAUUGUUCCAGAGAGUGAAGACCGAGCAGAACGGACAGCUGGACAUCCUGGUCAACAAUGCGUACUCCGCAGUCACUGCCAUUAUGAAAAACAUGGGAGUACCAUACUGGGAGCAGCCAAUGAACAUGUGGGACACUGUGAAUAAUGUGGGGCUGAGGAACCAUUAUCUCUGUGCUGUUCAUGCUGCCCGCCUCAUGGUACCACGUAAACAAGGACUGAUCGUCAACAUUUCAUCGGUGGGAGGAUUAAGAUAUCUAUUUAACGUUCCCUACGGCAUCGGGAAGGAAGCGUGUGACAGAAUGGCUACUGACUGUGCCAUGGAGUUAAAGAAACACUGUGUAGCUUUCGUCAGUCUGUGGCCCGGUAUAGUAAAAACAGAGCAUAUGCUGAACUUCUCGGACAACAUUGAAGAAAAUCAUAUGGAAAAACUGGCUGGACCGAACGCUCCUGUUAAAGUCGAUGCCAAAAUAAUGAAAAAUUCUAUAGCACGUGGAGAAACUCCCGAGUUUUCUGGGAAAUGUAUUGUCCAUUUAGCACAAGAUCCAAAUAUUAUGAAGAAGUCUGGCUAUGUACUGAUGACUGCAGAGUUGGGGGAGGAAUACGGCAUAAAAGACAUUGAUGGUCGAACAAUCCCUAGCUUUCGCCAGCUGAACCAGUUCCCAGGUGUUCCCGGUAUCCGAUGGUUACCAAACUGGGUCCGUCUCCCAAUGUGGGUGAUGGCAAUGGGUGGUAGAAAGUUCUAACGUCUUAUACAAGUCAAUAUACAGUGUAUUCUAACAUUGAUAAGCAUUUGUGAGUAAAAGUUCACAAUCUUUUCCAGGUUGUACAGUAUUAAUUUUUUUUCGUUUAAAAAGGUUGUACGAAAGUUAAUUUUCUGUCUUGAUUUAUCCGGUUACAGCUAUACAUGUACAUGCAAUACUAUCAAGGUGUGUAAUAAUUUGAUGAUCAAAUUAGAAUGUGAGGUUUAGCAGCUACGACAGAGGGAACAUUUGUCGCAUAUUAAACAG